GGGAUUCGGACGGAAGUUCAAAGAAGAAGUUUAAAGGUCAGAGUUUACCCUCGUGUUUACAAGAACACAAAUCACCCCUCAGGCCGGCUCCGACUCUCAGUCUUAAGCAGCGAAAACGUUAAAUAAGUCGCCAUGGCGUCUUACACGUGCAUCAGCUGCCGGGUGGCCUUCGCCGACGGCGAGGUGCAGCGGGCGCAUUACAAAACCGACUGGCACCGCUACAACCUGAAGCGCAAGGUGGCCGACAUGCCACCGGUCACCGCAGAGAACUUCCAGGAGCGUGUGCUGGCGCAGCGGGCCGCCGCCGACCAGCAGCUGACCCACGCCGCCGCCACCGAGAGCUGCGGCGUCUGCAACAAGAAGUUCUCCACUGCCAACGCCUACCAGAACCACCUGCAGUCCCACAAGCACCAGCAGGCGGAGAGGCAGGCGCUGCUGGCGGUGCAGAGGAAGGUGGAGAUGAUGAACGAGAAGAACCUGGAGAAGGGCGUUUACGACGAGAAGGAGGACAACGACGCCAGGAACGAGGCGCUGCAGCAGGCGCUGAGGGAGCAGCACAGGCCCAAUCCGGCCAAGGUGGCCAAGGUCCAGACCGCCGCGAAGGCGGAGAAACCGCCCCGCGUGGUGUGGCUGGAGGAGCAGGUGAAGAGACGGGAGAGAGAGGAGGGAGGAGAGGCAGCAGCAGAAGAGGAGUGGGAGGAUGUCGAUGAGGAUGACGAUGAUGACAUGGAGGAAGAUGUGGAUGAAGAGGAGCUGAUGGAGGAGGAGGAAGGCGGCUCUUCGGGGACGUCGGGCCCCCUGCCGGGCUCCGUCCCCGUCACACACUGCCUGUUUUGCUCCCACCGCUCCCGCUCGCUGUUGAAGAACGUGGCUCACAUGACCAAAGUCCACAGCUUCUUCAUCCCAGACGUGGAGUUCCUGGUGGACCUCAGGGGCCUCGUCCGGUACCUGGGAGAGAAAGUCGGUGCUGGGAACGUUUGCUUGUGGUGCAACGAGAAGGGCCGUUCGUUUUACUCCACAGAGGCGGUGCAGAGUCACAUGACGGACAAGAGCCACUGCAAGCUGUUCACAGACGGAGACGCCGCCCUGGAGUUCGCAGAUUUCUACGACUUCAGGAGCAGUUACCCGGACCGGAGCGAGGGAGCGGAUGAAGGGACGGACGAGGAUCUGCCGGACGAGAGGAACCUGGAGUACGACGAUGAGACGAUGGCGCUGACCCUGCCGUCAGGUGCCAAGGUGGGCCACCGCUCCCUCAUGAGGUACUACCGGCAGCGGUUCGGGACGCAGCGGGCCGUGGUUCCGGGCCGCAGCGGGAACGCCGUGGGCCGGGUCCUGCAGCAGUACAGAGCCCUGGGCUGGGCGGGAGGCGCAGGCGGCUCAGUCCAGCAGAGACAGAGGGACAUGCAGUACGUCCAGAGGAUGAAAUCCCGCUGGAUGCUGAAGAUGGGGAUGAGCAACAACACCACCAAGCAGAAGCACUUCAGAGCUCAGGUUAUGUUCUGAGAGAGAGAGGAAGCAGCUGCGACACAGACUGCUGCAGCUGGAUGAUGGCUGCCGGGAAACGAGGGGAACUGAAAACGAACCACAAAGCUGAAAAAAGGAGGAAAUGUUUUCCUGAACUGAUCAGCCUCGUUAGAAAAACAAACAUUAAAUAAAGAGCAAAACUCAAAUUCAUCAAAUUAUUCUUAUAUUUUACUAAUACAGUCACGCAUAAGAUAUGAAAAUAUUCAGACGUUUUCCUCCAGGUGAGGCUUCAUUAGAUUAAAAAUGAUUUCAAACUGAUGAUGCGGCUGAAAUAUGAUUCUACCUGCUUUUUAAAUUAAUUCAAAUUUCCUCUCAUGUUUUUUUUCUGCAGCUCAUUUGAUGUUUGAGGAAAUAAUUUUUGUCUUAAAACUGAAACUUGUCUCGGAUCAGAAACUGUUGGAUUAAAUCCAUGAAGUGUGUUCAUGUUUCACUCCUUUGAAUCUUAAAUUUAAAUGUUAAACAAUUUAAAAUAUUUUAAUGUAUGUCUUCUGAAACCAUUAAAUUAAAUGGUCACUCUGUCAGCUGUGAAUGCUAAUUCUGGUUAGCAUAGCCAUCAGUGAUGGUGGGUAAACAGUUUUCCUCUAACGGUAAUUAGUUUCUCCACCGUUGGCACAUUUAGCAACAUGUUCACCAGAAUGAUUGGCAGCGCUAAGCCCCUCCUCCUGGCUCUGAUUGGUGCGUUUAUUCAGAUGACAAUAGCUGCCUCUGUCUCAUAUUAAACUGUCAGGACAUGGAAACAGUUUUAUAAAAAAAUAUAUAUAAAAACAUAUUUUUAAUAAAAGUUACAUUAAUUUACUUUGUUUAUAUCUUAAACAUUUAUUUUUUCAGUAUUUAGUUGUUGUAGCCUCAGAGAAUCCACCGUGUCUACAAUAGUAUUAUUUAUAACUUGGACCCGUUUCUGCUAAAUGAUGAAAAUAAAAGCUGAACUCCG